GAGUAGAUCCUUAACUUUCUCCGUUUCACAAAAUUUUGCGUAAUCACAAUGGAAUCAAAAGUGUCUCCAUUGGAAUAUAGCAAAUUACUGACUGAAGAAUACAGAGAUAAUCAUAAAACACCGGAUGAAAGCAGAUACUCGUUAAACCAUAAUUUGUUACGCGUUGUAGACCUUACUACACAUACCGUACGACAGUCAUGGAUUUUUCUAUCUAAAUUUCUGCCAUAUAAUUUCUCCGACUACCUUAAAGAUGGUAGUGAGUAUCCAAGCUUUGAUGUUAUGAGGAAAUACAUCAAAUUUUCUUCACUGGCGUAUUUUUCAAUGUAUUCCGUUGGAACGUUGUUAUGUGAAAUAACAUCGCAUGAAACGUCAACAGUUGAAACGAACUCGCAUUUCCAGAAAUCUACCAAGCAAAAGAACAAGGAAGAUCCGUUUUGUGUUGUAAUAAUUACCAUAGUAGUGCUGCCACGCUUUAAAGGAAUCAGGAUUUCAUCAAAACUCCUGGAAUAUACAAUAAACAAGGUUAGGGAAUCUAAGUUAUCAAAAUUAUACUCGAUUGUUGAUGAGAAUAUUGAUGAAACAAGAAAGUUUUACGAGAACUUUGGCUUCGUAAAGUCGCAUUUGACAUUUGAUGGCAUCAUAAAAAGUUUAGAUGCGGUACAUAACACUAACGACAAACCACUCUUUUCUGUAAUGGAGUUGUCUAUUCCUAACUAAAAGCAAUGCAGUAACUGUUAGAAAU